CAACAACAGCAGCAAUAGCACACUGUACGAUUUGGAGGAGAACAGUGGGAUACUGUACUUCAUGGCGCAACUCACCAUUACGAUGCACUAUUAUUAUGUGCCGGUUUUGGUAUUUGCCGGCACUAUCGGCAACAUACUGUCGGUCUUUGUGUUCUCCAUGACGAAAUUGCGCAAACUGUCGUCGAGCAUCUAUUUGGCGGCGUUGGCCAUAAGCGAUACGUGUUUCUUGUGGGGCCUCUUCGUACAGUGGAUGAAUUUCAUUGAUGUCGAUGUGUAUAAUCGUGAUUUCUUCUGUCAGUUCUUUACGUUCUUGAGCAAUUGGGCUUGCUUUUGUUCCGCCUGGUUUGUAGUGGCGUUCACCGUUGAACGUUUCAUCGCUGUUGCGUUCCCUCUAAAGCGACAGACAAUGUGUACAGUUCAUCGCGCCAAGUACGUCAUCGGCGCGCUAUCAGCAUUGGGCAUAUUUCAUUGUGUGCCGUUUUACUUUUCGUCGGGUCCCAUUUACUCGCAGAAAUUGAAGGCGUUCUUAUGUGAUGUGCAUUCGGAAAUGAAGAACUUUAUGACUUACAUGAACUUCUACGAUACAGUGGUGGUUUUCGCGCUGCCGUUCGCUUCGAUAGUCAUUUUGAACGCCAUAACCAGCUAUCGGGUUUGGAAAUUCGCAAACGUGCGACGCUCACUGACUAUGCAAAGGAGGAAAACACAAGUGUCUAAAGACUCGCUGACGUCUUCAACAUAUCUAACGACUUCAUUGAAAAACCAACAUAAUUCCACAAUGAGGACGGAAAUAGAGCUACCGGUGUCCAAACGAAAAACAGAGAAACAAAAAGACAGAACCUCAUCGCAAUUGAAGGUAACCAAGAUGCUGUUAAUUGUCUCCUCCGUUUUUGUGGGCCUCAACUUGCCCAGCUGUCUGAUGCGCAUAGAAACGUAUUGGGAGACGCAGACAGCCAGCAACAAGAACGUCACAAUAAUCUGGCAAUAUGUUUUUCAACUGCUUUUCAUCACGAAUUAUGGCAUAAAUUUUAUACUUUAUUGUGUUAGUGGUCAAAAUUUUCGCAAAGCAGUAGUCAUCAUGUAUAGAAAUAGUUGGUUUGCGUGGCCGACAACGCCGCGGGAAGGCACCACACAAGUGACAAGAGUGUCGGAGCUCGGUCGCAACAGUGGCGGCACUAACACGUCCCGACGCACCACAUCAACGAAACGCUGGAUGGAACAACACGAACUUCGGCCACUCAAAUAAUCGAACAGCUGUGCGCCUGCUGGUUGUUGUCGAAUGGACGCGUUUUUUGGUCUUCAUAUUUUAUAUACGUUCAACUUGUAAAUACAACUGAAUUUAAAUUGCAAACUUAUUUGCGAAUGUGCAAUUGUUGCUCGAAACUCGUCGAAGUAGUGGGAGUAAACAAGCAUCUUUUUUAUCAACUACUUGUACUAUAAACAUAACUGUUUAUUUAACAUGGAACUAGCAUUUCUUGAAGCUGUCAAAAGCUGACAGUUGUGGCAUAAUUUGUAAGUUAUUUGUAGUCUGUAGAAUGAAAUGCUUAAGCACAGCUGGUAACUAGUUUAAGUUUUAAAUUAAGAAAUUAUGGUUUUUGUAAGAACAUCGACUUUUUAAUAGCUAAAUAAGGGUUUAGCACGCUAAUUUAAAUAGUAGGCAUUUUGAGAGUCAAUGUGAUAAAAGUAGAUAUAUGAACUAAUAACUAACUAAGCAUGUAACUAAGCAUGUGACUGUUAGAGAUGAUAUUAGAAGAAAAUUUCAUUUUUUUUUUGGCAAAACUCCUUUUUUAGGCAAUAUAUGGUAGUUCUCUUCAAAAGGGAUACACAGAUUAUUGCGACCCUCCAACUUUUUCAUACCGUUUUUGUAGUACCAUUUGACCUUUGCUUCAAAAUAGGCCUCAAUUUCGGCGAUCAGCUCUUCAUUCGACGCAAAUUUCUUAACAGCGAGCUUUCUUUUGAGAUCUGAGAACAGUUAAUAGUCACUGGGAAUCAGAUAUAGAAAAUACAGUGGAUGCGGAAGCAAUUCGAAACCCAUAUCAUGGAUUUUUGCCAUAGUUUUCACCGACCUGUGAUACGGCAGCAUUGCCUUGGUGAAACCACACUUUCUUUCCUUGAAAUGCGGCCGUUUUUCGGCGAUUUCAUCCUUGAAAGUCCAAUAAGGCUAUGUAAUAGUCGCUGUUGAUGGUCCUUCCUUUUUCAAGGUAGUCAAAAAAAUAAUUCUUUUUGAAUGAGCAUGCCAAAAUACAGGCGCCAUAACCUUGCCAGACGACUGUUGCGCUUUCAACGCUUUCAACGCUUUGGAUGAAGUUUAUCUUGUGCAGUCCACUCGGAUGGCUGUCGACGGAACUAAAGAGUGAAAUGAUGAAGCCAUGUUUCAUCCGUUGUCACAUAUCGACUCAAAAACUUGGGUUUAUUACGGUUGAACAGCCCCAAAGACUGCUCCGUAUCAUUAACUCCUGGUUGCUUUUGGUCAAAAGUGAGCUCACGCGGCUACUUCUUUACACAGAGCUUUCUCAUACCCAACUAUUCGUGAGUGAUAUGAUGUGCACGUUCAGUUGAUAUCUUUAGAGUAUCUGCUAUCUUGAAACACUUCCUCCAAAAUUAUUUCGUGGACUUUUUUGAUGUUUUCGUCGAUAACAACUUCUUUGGGCCUCCACUAUGUUUAACGAAUAGAUCAAACUUUAAUCGUUGAUUAAGAAAUACGGCUCUGUGAAUUAGGCUACAUAUCUAUGUAAUGCCUUUGUAGACAAAUAUCUGAUGAUCAAAUUUGACCCGGUUUUUUAUAUUAUUGUCUGCAAA